AUGGACGAAGAGUAUUUCGUAGUUCGUGGGAACCUGGAUGACCUACAGUCGCUUGAGGCCAAUGUGCCGAAUUUCGACGAAGAAGAUCCAGAACCAGCGAGAAAUGACUUUGAUAUGCAAAUUGAUAAUCCAGAAGAAGUUCAUGGAAAGGAAGCCCGUAAGUCUUACUUUGUUUUUAAUAUUUAGGUAUAAAAUGAGCCUUUGAGUAACAAUAAUCGUAUUGGUUUUUAGCUGAAGUUUUGGUGUAUCGUCCACAAGUUGAUUUGGACAUGAUUGUGGCUUCCUUUACAUCAGAAGCUUUGAUUAUUCGGUUAAUGUUCAUUGCUGAUGUUUGUCCUCCACUUAGAGCACAAGCUUUUAAGAUUUUGCUCGAACAUAUUAAGAAUGUAAGUGUUUUAAAAUAAACUCAUUUAAAAGUUUUAUUAGUUUUGAUCAAAAGAAUGACAUGAAUUUAAAAAAUAUUGUUUUAGAAAACCCAAAACGUGAAUGCCUACACUCACAUCUACCACAAGAUUGACAUAUUCAAACGGAAGAACGCGUUGUCUGACAGUGAAAUCAUACCUCCACCAGAUCAACAUUGGCUUGAUACUACUACAAACAAAGCCCAGGCACGUUUGGAUCUUCUUAACACCGAGUUCAGACAUCAGAAGGACGACGGAGUGAAAGAAUCCAUCAGAAGAGCGAUGGAUGAUGUCUUCAAACAUCAUUUGUCUAUGGGUAAUGUACAAGACGCCUUAAAGCUAUAUGCUCGAGGCAUCAGGGAGUACUGCACUGCGCCAAACUUUUUGAUUCAAAUGUUGUUGAACUGGAUUGAUGCAUCGGUUUAUGCUGGGCAAUGGGCCAAACUCAAUGUUCUGAUUCCACAAGCCGAAAGGGCUGUCGCUGAGACUGUAGAACGAGAGAAUGGACCCACGCAUACUCGUACUAUUAGAUCACGAGAAGCUGAAGGCAACAAGAAGUUGAUCCAGGUGUCAAAGACCAAGCUGAAUGCCGUUUCUGGACUGACAGCGAUGCAAACUGGGAAGUUCAAGGAAGCGGCUAAUAAGUUCAUGCAGGUAAGAGCAUGUUAAUGUAGGUUUGGAGACGAAAAAUUAUUUUUUUAGGUUAAAAAAAACACUUUUAUAGAGCUUUAUAACAUGAAAAAUUGUUUUUGAAGUUAAAAAUUUUUGUAAAAAAAAUACUGUCACUUUGAGUGUGCAAUCUAAUAUACUUACAUUUCAUAAUGUUUUAGGUCGACCUUGACUCCCUAGAAUACCCCGAACUUCUCUCGAAUCACGAUAUUGCUGCCUACGGCACAGUAACAUCCUUAGCAACAUACGAACGUUCAGAACUAAAAGAGAAAGUUUUGGGCUCAGCAUCGUUCCGAAAGUUCUUAGAAUCCGAACCCAAGUUUGUGAAUCUGCUUCAGAAGUUCACGUCGAAUCAAUUCGGUGUAGCAUUGGAUAUUCUGAACGAUAUUAAGGAUGGGUUGCUGCUGAAUGUGUAUCUUGCUCCAAUGUUGGACGAACUGUAUGCAUUGAUCAGGAAGAGGGCGAUCAUACAGUACUUUGAGCCAUAUUACAGUGCCGAUUUGAAAGGAAUGGCAGUCGAGUUCAGGACUUCGGUGGAAGAGGUAGGGCUUCUUGUUUUCGGUCGGUAUUUGUUUUUUUUUGAGAGGAAGGAAUGGGUUAACUAGCUUUGGUUUUGCGCCAUUAUUUUUGCAUCAGAAAGGUUUUUAAAAAUUUUUUACAAAAAUAAUAAGCUUUUUUCAGUUGGAGAUGGAACUUGUUUAUCUCAUCAAAUCGAAGGAGUUAAGCGGCCGUAUUGAUAACUACAACAAGAUCUUGCAUCUCAAGAUUGGUAACAAGCAAAACGAGAUUUUUGAUAAGUAAGUUUGUCUUGAAAUUGUAUUCUAUUUUCAAAAAAACUAAAAUAUAAAUACUUCAAUAUAAUUUGUGAUGUAUCACAAAGUUUUUUUUGCUUUUUUUUAUUGUGAUUGCUACAAGAAACGCUUUAUGGCAAUAUAUUCUAAAUCUUUCAUUUUUAGAAUUCUAAAAACUAACGCAGAUCUGGAAGAGACCGUCCACGCCAUCAUUCUCCGAUCCGCCCUUCAGCAACAAGGGGUUUUCAUUGGAAACGAAGGUAACAGAGGCGGCUACCGCCGACAACAGGGCUUUGAAGACUUUGAUGGACAUCAAAACCCGUCAGCUUCUACUGGCCAUCGAGUCUUGGCUUCAGUUCAGCGAUUCUUCAACGCUGCUUCGAAUCGUAUUCAUCCACAAGCUCCGGAGAACGCAAUGGAUGAAGAACAUGAUGAUGAUGUGGAUGAGAACAUGGAAAACUAA